AUGUUACCUUCAUACUUCACCCUUUUCUUUGACGAUGGCAAUGGAACGCAACCAGACCUCCCCCCAGGAUCACCUCCAACUCUCAAAUUCGAAGGACCCUGGUUGACCACCCAAUUAAUCCUCUCUGGAUCCAUUGGUCUUAUAUCUUUCUUGAUAUUCUCAUACUCAAGAACCCGUUGGCCCCUUCUUUUUGCGCCGAGAACCAAGUUGAAGGGCUUUUCUCCUCAUGAAGCCCAUGCACAUCAAGCGUUUUUCGGCUGGAUUCUCCCUACGAUUAGGACUUCGGAGUUCACAGUAUUACAGAUUGUUGGUUUGGAUGCCGCUGUGCUGUUAAAUUUCUUCAAAAUGGCCUUCUAUCUGUUCUCUGUUUGCUCCUUUUUUGCUGUUACUGCGUUAAUGCCUCUGAAUUGGAAGCAUAAUAAAAGGUUAGGGGACGACAAUGAUGGGAACGAGCCUGAUGACGACUGGAACGCCCUUUUUGUGUCUUAUUCCUUGGAGCCGUCUCAAAAUUCUACGCUUCCUACCGACGAUUCCUGGCUGGGCCUCAUUUCCGACGCAAAUACCUACCUUUCGGUGCACCUAGUCUUCACGUAUCUCUUCACUGGUCUCUCGCUCUACUUUACCUACAAGAACUACCGUCGUUUUAUUCGAUCUCGCCAACUCUUUUCCCUUGAACUGGUUCAUUCCAUACCUGCUCGUACAGUAAUGGUCACAAACCUUCCACAGCACCUGCGCGGGGAAAGAUCGUUGGCAGAAUACUUCGAGAGCAUGAACAUGAGCGUAGAGAGUGUGUCCGUGGUUCGCGAGGUUGGCAGUUUGGAACGUCUUCUGAACAAACGAACCCGGGCUUUAUUAGCUUUGGAGAAGGCGUGGGCCGCCUACGUCGGUAAUCCCAGCACAGUAGAAGAAUAUGAUCCCGAAAAUACUGCGGUCGUCAAUCUAAUUGAACCAGACACAGAGAGUGGACCUACGACUCGCCUGGUCGUCCCUCAUCGACAGCGACCCACAAUCCGGCCAGGAUGGUUCAAACCCAAGGUCGAUGCACUGGAGUAUUUGGAAAAUCGAUUCGGUGAGAUCGACGAAAUAGUCAAGAGAAGAAGACGAACUGGAAAAUUCAAGGCAACGAAAACCGCGUUUGUGACUUUCGAAAAGAUGUCUAGCGCGCAAAUUGCUCUCCAAACUGCCCAUGCUCCGAAUCCCUUCCAAUGCGUGACAUACGCCUCCCCAGAGCCUCGGGACAUUGUAUGGGCCAACAUGACGUCCUCCGAUCAUACUCUUCGUGCUCGGGAUAUUUUGAUUCUGGCUGCCAUUGGCCUUCUGUUCUUUUUCUGGGUAAUACCCAUCGCUGCAUUAGCUAGUUUACUUUCCUACGAGGAGAUAAAGAAAACUCUGCCAUGGCUCGCUGGUUUGAUCGACAAAAACGACAAGAUACAGGCAUUGGUUCAAAACUCGUUACCUUCUGUUGCGAUGAUUACGUUGAACGCUCUGCUACCUUUUGCGCUUGAAGGUUUAACAUAUUUUCAGGGAUAUCGCGCUCGCAGUUGGAUUGAAUACUCAUUGAUGAAAAAAUAUCACUUAUUCCUUUUGGUCAACGUCGUAUUUAUAUUCCUCGUUGCCAGUACUUAUUGGCAGCUUGUUCGUGAUUUGGCCAAUUUCCCAGCUAAGAUUCCCGAAAAACUUGCGAAGUCUCUCCAAUCAGGUCACGCCAGGAAUUUUUUUCUCUCUUAUGCUAUUCUACAAGGCUUAGGUAUCAUGCCUCUCCAGCUUUUGAAUCUCGGCGUAAUCGUGCCUCGAAUUGUAAUGCGAUUGUUCUUCACCAGAACUCCUAGAGAUUACGCUGAACUUAACGCGCCCCCAAUGAUUAACUACGGCGUCGUCUAUCCCCAAGCCAUUCUCAUGUUCACUAUCACUAUGUUAUACAGUGUUGUCCAACCACUUAUCGUCGUCUUCGGAGCUAUAUACUUUGGCGUAGCCUAUGUUGUAUACAAGUACAAACUGUUAUUCGUGUUCUACAAACCGUAUGAAUCGCAAGGCCAAGCCUGGCCAUUGACAUAUGUUCGCCUCGUCUGGGGUGUCUUAAUUUUCCUCGUGUUCAUGACUGGCUUCUUCCUCCUCUCGAAAUCCUUUGUGCUUUCGUCGCUGCUUGUUCCACUCCUGGCCGGUACGGUAAUCUGGUCUUGGUGGUUACAUAAAUCGUUAACACCUCUGAGUGACUACGUCAACCUGAGCUCAGUAUUUGAGGUCGAACGAGGUGAAGAAUCAGCUGACGUAGCGAGACUGAAGCUGGGACACCCUGUCACCUGGUCUCAAAGUAAUUUGAAUCGGCGUAGAUAUGCCCAAAACGACGAUACGUUAUAUGUUGCUCCAGAAGAUGAAAGGACAGACUAUUCUCAACCGCCUAUGGCUAAUUGGUAUCGCGGGGUACUCAACACUGGGAAAAGGCGCUUUGGACAUCCCGCACUCAACGGAGUGUUACCGGAACCGUGGCUCCCGUUGAAGAAAGGUCAAACUUUAACUAAUCACGAAAACCGUAAUAAUGGUAGUCCUCGACAAGGCAAUGACUCCAAUCAGGCUGUGGUUCUUACCCUUCGAAAACGAGCCAGUGUAGUGCGCAGAAGCCGGCUGAUAUCUCGUCAAACACUAACAUCUGAAAGUGCCGCAAAUAACUCUAACCCUUGGCAGGAUGCGCAGUCUUCAACAGGGAGGACACAGACCGCCCCUAAUGUCAUUCAUCAUCGUCUCAGCUUUGAUCAUGCGACUGGCGUCAUCAUGAUACCUGACGACGAGAAUUGGCUAGCAGAAGAUGUCGAUAGCGAUGAAGAGGACUAUGGGGCCGCAGGUAUAGAUCGAAUUCAAAGAACUCAGACUGAACCUGCUAUUAGUGGAAGCGAAGUAGUAUCCGAGGAUGAGGACCUUCCAAUAGCAGCGAGUCCGUCUCGAACGUCUCGGUACGGUACUUACUUCCAUCAUCCAGAAAGAAGGAGACAAACAAUACCUGGGGCGUUUCCGAGGCCCUCAUAA